AUGAAGGCUUCCCUCCGUGUGUUUGUCUAUCUACUUGGGGUGGUUGUCCUGUGUGACUCUUCCUGCUUCUUCGAGCAGUUAGAGAUCAAAGAUCUGAACAACCCUCCAAAAGGGUGUACGGAUAGAGAUGGAAAGCAGCAUGAUUUUGGCUCUGAAUGGACGAGAGACUGCGUGGAGUGCUCUUGUACGAAGGACGGAUUGAGCUGCUGCACCAUGCUCCCUGAUGCAGACACCGUAGACAUUCCUGAGGAGUGUGAGCUGGUUGUGAAUAAGGAGGCUUGUUCUGCCAAAGUAGUGCAGAAGUCAGACAACACAAAAGAGUGCAACCCUUUGUAG